AUGGAAUCACACAAGGAAAGUGAGAUCAACGGCCCUCAUUCUAUGGGAACCACCAUCAUCGGCGUCACGUACAACGGUGGUGUCGUCCUCGGUGCCGAUUCUCGCACCAGCACUGGAGUUUAUGUUGCAAAUCGAGCAUCUGAUAAAAUUACUCAGCUUACUGAUAAUGUCUACUUGUGCCGCUCUGGAUCUGCUGCGGAUUCUCAAACUGUGUCUGAUUAUGUGAGAUAUUUUCUACAUCAACACACGAUACAAUUGGGGCAGCCGGCGACAGUUAAGGUUGCUGCUAAUCUUGUUAGGUUGUUGUCUUACAAUAACAAGAAUAUGUUGCAAACUGGAAUGAUUAUUGGGGGUUGGGAUAAGUAUGACGGAGGUAAAAUUUAUGGAGUGCCUCUUGGAGGGACACUUUUGGAGCUGCCUUUUACACUUGGAGGAUCAGGAUCCUCUUACUUGUAUGGUUUCUUCGAUCAAGCAUGGAAGGAAGGGAUGACCCAAGAAGAAGCUGAGCAAUUAGUGGUGAAAGCAGUCUCUCUUGCUAUUGCUCGUGAUGGUGCAAGUGGUGGUGUUGUUCGGACUGUCACUAUAAACUCAGAAGGGGUGACAAGAAAGUACUACCCUGAGGACAAGCUCCCCCGAUGGCAUGAGGAGCUGGAGCCACAGAACUCCUUGUUGGACAUAUUGUCAUCAUCCAGUCCUGAGCCAAUGAUCUCUUAA